AUGAAUGAAACGUAUGAUUUUAAUCUCUGGUCACAUUACUAUCGCGAUUAUCUUCUAACCAAUAUUAUACCGUUUUGGCUUCGUCAUUCGAUAGAUCGAGAAUGUGGUGGUUAUUUCACUUGUCUCGAUCGUGAUGGCAAAGUCUUCGAUACAGACAAAUUCAUUUGGCUACAAGCACGACAAGUCUGGAUGUUUGCUAAAUUACAUCAAGAUGCCGAUUUGAACGUUCCGGAUGCCGAGCGACAAGAAUGGUUGAAGACUGCUCAGCAUGGCGCCUUAUUUUUGGAGAAAUACGGUCGACAUCCAACGAAUGGUCAAUGGUAUUUCUCAUUAACACAAAACGGUGAACCGUUAGUUGAGCCUUACAACAUAUUCUCCAGCGUAUUUGCAUCGAUGGCAUUCGGUCAAAUGGCCAAAGCAGAUAAAGUCAAUUGUGAGAAAUAUAAACAAAUUGCAUUAGAAACAUUUGAUGAUAUACAAAAGCGUCGUUCAAAUCCUAAAGGUGAAUGGAACAAAGCGAGUCCUUUAUCAUCACGACAACUGAAAAGCUUCGCACUGCCGAUGAUGAUGUGCAAUUUAGCUAUGGAAUUGGAACAUCUCAUCGACAAACAACUCAUUCAAACGUUAACAAACGAAUGUACCAAAGAAAUAAUCAACGAAUUCCGUCAAACUGAUUCAGGUCUAGUUUUAGAAUAUAUCAAUGCGAGUGAUGGAUCUAGAAGCGAUUCAUUCGAAGGACGUCUGCUAAAUCCCGGACAUGGAAUCGAAGCCAUGUGGUUCUUACUGGACAUUGCCGAACGACAAAACAAUAAAGAAUUAGCAUCAAUUUGUGUUGACACAUUAUUGAAGAUCCUAGAUUAUAGUUGGGAUGAAAAAUAUUGCGGUAUCUUCUAUUUUCUGGACAUCGAGCGACAUCCGCCUCAACAGCUUGAAUGGGAUCAAAAGCUUUGGUGGGUUCAUCUUGAAACGCUAAUUGCAUUGAUUAAAGCUAUCGACCAUCGACCAGAUCGAAUGAGUGAACUGUUCGUUUGGUUAAACAAAGUUCAAAAGUAUACCAUUGAUCAUUUUGUUGACGCCGAAGGUGGUGAACUGUUCGGUUACUUAAAUCGUCAAGGUGAGGUUUUAUUGAAUUUAAAAGGUGGCAAAUGGAAAGGAUGCUAUCACGUUCCACGAGCGUUCUAUCUAUGUUGGAAAACAUUAGACAAAAUUAGUAAAAAGAAAUAG